UGGGCGUGGUCGGGGUCGGUGACGUCACGCCGGUGUCCCCCCGGUGCAAGCUGCUACGAGGCGGUUUUGGGGCGGACCGAACACACACACACACACACACACACACACACACACACUCUCUCUCUGAGAGCGGUAAUGCUGAGUCUGUUGGAAGGUGUGUGUUUACUUCCCCUGUGAGCUCGCGCUGGACACAGCGACAUGGCGGCGCGCGGUAACGGAGCGGAAAACACCGACAGCACCGAGGACUGCUUCGAAGAUGCCUUUGAUCGAAUCCCAGUUGCCUCUAAGAUGGACCUGACGUUGUCUAUAGAGGAGUGCACUCUGGCUCUCAACCUGCUGCUGAACAACAAGUUCACUGAAGCUCUGGACGUCCUCAGACCCUGGUAUAAGGACAGUGUGUAUCACGCUCUGGGCUACAGCAGUAUUCUGGUGAUGCAAGCAGGAAUGACCUUUGAGCACAAGGACAUUCAAGUUGCCAUGACAGCCAUCAAAGAGUCUCUGCAAACCUGCCAGAAGUUCAGGAAGAGAAGUUCGAUGGUGGACUCGCUCUCCAGUUUGGUCUCUAAACAGUCAUCUAAUGGUCUGAAAGCAGAGGAGAUGCACGCAGAGAUUUGUUAUGCUGAAUGUCUGCUACAGAAAGCCGCACUGACCUUCAUACAGGAUGAGAACAUGAUCAGCUUCAUUAAGGGUGGCAUGAAAAUCCGCACCAGCUAUCAGAUAUACAAGGACUGCCAGAAUGUGUUAAACGUGUGUCAGGGUGUGGACAGACACAUCGACGCCUUCACACAGUUUGAAAGCGGCGUCAAGCUGGGCAUCGGCUCCUUCAACCUGAUGUUGUCGCUGCUGCCUGCGCGAAUCCUCCGACUGCUGGAGUUCAUCGGCUUCUCAGGGAACAGAGAGUUUGGGCUGGCCCAGCUGAGAGAAGGAGCAGCAAGUCACAGUUUAAGAUCCAUCUUGUGUGUGUUAACACUGCUGGUGUACCACACCUACGUCUGCCUCAUCCUCGGAACAGGAGAAGCGAACUUGGUGGAAGCAGAGGCUCUGUUAGAGCCGUACGUGGACAAAUUUCCUAAAGGUUCCAUCAUCCUGUUCUACACGGCACGCAUCGCAGUACUGCGCGGACAUUUCCACAAGGCGCAGCAGAAGUUUGAGGAGUGUAUUAGUUCUCAGCAGCAGUGGCGUCAGAUUCAUCACCUGUGUUACUGGGAGCUGAUGUGGUGUCACUCGUUCCAGCAGCAGUGGAGUGAAGCGCACCGUUACGCCGAUCUACUGUACAGAGAGAGCCGCUGGUCUAAAGCGAUCUACGUGUAUCAGAAAGCUGCUAUUCUCAGCAUGAUGAGUGAAGACGAGGUGAAGAACACUGGGGAGGACAUUGUGGACUUAUUCAGGCAGGUGGAGGGGCUGAAGCAGCGAUUAGCCGGGAAGUCCAUCCCCACUGAGAAGUUCGCGGUGAGGAAAGCUCGCCGAUACUCAGGAGCCAAACCUGUCAAACUAGUCAUCCCUGCACUGGAAAUGAUGUACGUGUGGAACGGGUUCGCCAUUGUGGGGAAGCAGCCGGACGCCACAGAGGCUUUACUGAUCACUAUAGAGAAAGCAGAGGAACAGCUGAGGAACAAUCCCAAGCCCACAGAGUAUCACACGGAUGACGAGUGUUUGGUGCAGAUGUUGAAGGGUUUGUGUCUGAAACAUCUGGGCAGGUUCCUGCAGGCGGAGCUCUGCUACUCACAAGUCAUUGCAAGUGAGAAGAGGAUUCGUUAUGAUCAUUAUUUGAUCCCUUUCACUCUCUAUGAGCUGGGUUUACUCUACAAACUGCAGGGAGAUGUCGCCAAGGCAACCAGAUACAUCGAAGACGCCAAGAUGAAUUAUAAGGAUUACUCGAUGGAGUCUCGGCUGCAUUUCCGCAUCCACGCAGCGCUGAACAGCCUGAAAGGUACUCCGGUCAACUCGCCAUAGCAACGGGCACGUCACACCCUGACCUUUGACCUUUACGAUGGGAGCGACAUCAUCCUGAUCAUCACAGUACUGUAACGAGUGACGAGUAAAACGUUCGUCUAGAAAAACACACCAAAGUGCUUUUCCUCUUCUGUGUAUUAGCAGAGAGGAGACGUUAGAACACACACACACACACACACACACACACACACACACACACACAUGCUUGUACCUCAGCAGGUCAAAACUUGAAAUGGGGUUUAGUUGUUUAUAGAAAUAUUAUAUAAUUAAGGGAGAAUGGUGUAUAAAUUUUAUUUAAUUUUCUUUUUAUCUUCUAUUUUUUUUUUCUCAUGAGCAAAAAUGAAAAAAUCAAGCAAAAUCCAACAUGGCUGCCUUCGUCUUGUUCUAGUUAAAGCUGCAGUAUGAAUUUUUUAAAACCUUUUUUAUGCUUAAAAAUUAGCAUUGAGAAGCAUUUAUGAGUCGGUUCUGCUCUCUGAGUGGGCGGGGCUUCCUCACUCACCUGUCAAUCACAGUAACACUAGCCAAUCAUUGGUGCUUGCAGCAGUUCGAAAAGAUGCGAUGUUUUCACGCUCUCGGAUAACUAGCUCAGCUAGCAAUUAAACCUUCGACUAUGGAAAUGUGGCUGCGACUAAAUUGACUGAAUUCGUCGUACGUUUUUCGUACGUGGAAAUUAACGUAACGUGUUUUUACUUUACAUUCUCCACAGGAGAGGAGCACGUGAUGUUAUGAAAAGAUUUCACUUGCAGUAACACAUUUACACCAGAGAUGUCACCAAAUCACUCAACGCCCCAAAGUUACAUACUGCAGCUUUAAAGUUUUUUUUUUUCUGGUGAUUAAAAUGAGUUAUUUUUAGUUUAAGUUCUAGCACAGUUUAGACAAUCAUAAAGCUUCGGUUACUGACGCUGUGCUGAUGCCGACGUCUGAUCAAGAACAGCUCCGUGCUUUUCCAUUGGUUCUCUUCAUCGCCAUGACAACUCAUAGAGCAGUUCAAAUGAUUUGCAUAAGACACAUGUGAAACAGUAUGGCGAGAUGUUGGAAUAUUGAAUAUUAUUAUUGAAGGAAAUAGCUGAAUUAAUCGUGAUGAUUGUUAUUAGGACACGCCCACAAAUGAUGACGUAAUAGCUGCGACUCUUAACCUGGUGGAAGUGGGAGGCGGUUCAUCAGCGCAGUAUCGCAGAAAAACUGUUACGAAGAAUAUUUACUCAAAUCUAAAAUCCAAGAUGGCUGCUUUCAGGAUCUUUUAUUGUUUUAUUCACACCAAACAUUUCUGUUUAUGUGUGUGUGUGUGUGUGUGUGUGUGUGUGUGCAUUCUCACCCCUCUGUGUGGCUCACUGUAUGGUGUUUAAUAUUUUAUUGCGUACCUUUUAAACGAGCCUCACUGCAUCAUUUCAGCUUUGCGUACUUUACGUUUGUGUAAAUUAUAUAUAUAUAUUUUCGUAAUGCUGUGUGAUGAGAUGAGAUGCAGUAGCGCAGAGUUUACGCUGAUCAUCAGUUACACGAUACAUAUCACGGUAUUAUCACAAUAUUCUCAUCACCAUAAAAUCUGCACAGCGUCUUCUAAAGGUCCUGAUUCGUCAGGAGAAAUCCAUCCCAUAAUACUCAGGCUCUGGAGCAGAUCAGAAAUAUUAUUUAUUCUAGAAAUUGUUUCUAUUAUUUAUUCUAGGAAUUCUGAAAUUGUUUAUUUCAUUAGAAAGGAAAUGUUACAUUUCUUUUGGUUUGGAUUAGACACAAAAUCAUACACGUGAAAGUAUAGAUUUAUAAGAUCAGACACGGAUUCAUACGUUUAAAAGUUAUUACUAAUGAAAAGAUUAUAAAUGUAGAUAAAUUACAAAUUAUAAACUUAAAAGAUUAGACUUUAAAUGUAUACAUUAAGAAGAUUAGACACAAAACUGUAGAAUUGUAAGAUUUGGCCUGUUCUAGAAUCAGAAAAUUCAGACACCAAAGGAUAGAAGAUCAGACGUAAAUUUUUAAAUUGGAAAAUUAGACAGAAAAUGAAACUGAGGAACAUUAGAUUUUAACUUUCUCAGAUUUGGUACGUUAUAGAACCGAAAAAUUAGGCAGAAAUUUAUCCUUCAGAUUAUUAAAACAUAACGAUAUGUUUGGAAGAUCAGAUUUAGAUUCAGUUAAGAUCCUGAGGUUUAGAUGAUUUUGGAGAUUAGAUUCUGAAGGUUACAGUCAGCUCCAAAAUUAUUGGCACGCUUGAUAAAGAUUAGUUUAAAAGAAAGGUUAUGAAAAAAAAGUCUUUGUGGUUAAUUAGCUUAAUCUCGCACUGAGUAUACAUGAGAGAAAUCUAACCUUUAAAUGAUGUAAAUUUAUUCUACAAAAAAAAUUACAAUUAUCAAUCAAAAAAAGUAAUAAAACCUUGUGUCACAAUUCUUGCAUUGAUAAUUCUGGAGCUGAGUGUAGAUACACAUUUACCGCAACACUGUCUCAAUGUACUGGCUCAUUAAUAUUCAUGAUCUCACCUCAUCCAAUCACUCGCCAGCUCUGUGUACUGGCUCAUUAAUAUUCAUGAUCUCACCUCAUCCAGUCACACUCCAGCUCUGUGUACUGGCUCAUUAAUAUUCAUGAUUUCACCUCAUCCAGUCACACUCCAGCUCUGUGUACUGAUUCAUUAAUAUUCAUGAUCUCACCUCAUCCAAUCACUCGCCAGCUCUGUGUACUGGUUCAUUAAUAUUCAUGAUCUCACCUCAUCCAGUCACACUCCAGCUCUGUGUACUGGCUCAUUAAUAUUCAUGAUCUCACCUCAUCCAGUCACACUCCAGCUCUGUGUACUGGCUCAUUAAUAUUCAUGAUCUCACCUCAUCCAAUCACUCGCCAGCUCUGUGUACUGGCUCAUUAAUAUUCAUGAUCUCACCUCAUCCAGUCACACUCCAGCUCUGUGUACUGGCUCAUUAAUAUUCAUGAUCUCACCUCAUCCAGUCACACUCCAGCUCUGUGUACUGGCUCAUUAAUAUUCAUGAUUUCACCUCAUCCAGUCACACUCCAGCUCUGUGUACUGGCUCAUUAAUAUUCAUGAUCUCACCUCAUCCAAUCACUCGCCAGCUCUUUGUACAGCUCUGUGUACUGGCUCAUUAAUAUUCAUGAUCUCACCUCAUCCAGUCACACUCCAGCUCUGUGUACUGAUUCAUUAAUAUUCAUGAUCUCACCUCAUCCAAUCACUCGCCAGCUCUGUGUACUGGCUCAUUAAUAUUCAUGAUCUCACCUCAUCCAGUCACACUCCAGCUCUGUGUACUGGCUCAUUAAUAUUCAUGAUCUCACCUCAUCCAGUCACACUCCAGCUCUGUGUACUGGCUCAUUAAUAUUCAUGAUCUCACCUCAUCCAAUCACUCGCCAGCUCUGUGUACUGGCUCAUUAAUAUUCAUGAUCUCACCUCAUCCAGUCACACUCCAGCUCUGUGUACUGGCUCAUUAAUAUUCAUGAUCUCACCUCAUCCAGUCACACUCCAGCUCUGUGUACUGGCUCAUUAAUAUUCAUGAUCUCACCUCAUCCAGUCACACUCCAGCUCUGUGUACUGAUUCAUUAAUAUUCAUGAUCUCACCUCAUCCAAUCACUCGCCAGCUCUGUGUAGAACGGUAAUAAUAAUAAUAAUAAUAAUAAUAAUAGUAAUAAUAAUAAUGGGUUUAGACUGAUUGUUAUCUCUCUUUUAUUCUCUCUCUCUGUCUGUCUUUAGAUGUAAGGCAAUAUUCAGGUACAUCAGGAGGAGUUUCUCUCGAUCACUUUGUUGUGACAUGAAACAUGAAAAAAGAAUAAAUAAAAAAAAAGAAUUUAGUAUAAAUUUAAUCAUAAACUAUAAUGUAAAUAUAUACACGAAUCUCUCCAUUGCUUUACUAUGCAGAUUGUAUACGCACAUAUUCAUAAAAAUAAAUGUACAAUAUCCGUUACUUUAAGUAAAACACGCUAAACAAGCGAUCUUAGUUUUUUUCCUCAAACACCAGCACAUAUGACAUGAAGCUCCUCCAGCAAGCUGACGGCUUUUACAAAGUGCUGCUGCUGACGAAGCUGCAAAAAAGUUACAUUUAAAAAACAAAAACACGCUGAGUGAUAUCACAUGCGUUUUUUGUUUUUUAAUCGCUGACCAAUCAGGUGGCAGCUCAGGGAGAAAACAAAAACAAGCAGUACAGUGCGGAGUGCGAGUCUCAUGACACAGGGCUGUACUCACAUUCGCAACUUAAGUCCAAAAGUUAGGAAAGUUCCAGGAAAGUUGCUGGUAUUCAGAGUUGGGUUACGCGGCUGCUUGAGUGGAAUUUCUGAGCUCCGCUUUCAGAUUAUUAAAAUCACCUGCGCGUAGUUCACACCUCCGCGGCUUCAGAUUUUUCUUGAGUAGAAGUGUCUGAGAUAACGGCGUCUAGACCACCUUUAAACUGCUCGCUCGUGUCGAUAUCGCAGAAGAAUGUGUUUAAGUUCGAGGUCAGAAUCACUCGUACCUCAGACGCGGCUCUAUUUUAGACAAACUCCGCUCCGUGUACGUCAUUCUCUCACGUAACUCUCUGAAUAUUAACAAGUCUGUGUGUAGUUUCCUGACUGAGCACUUACCUCAACUCUGAGUGAUUAUAAACAGACUUAUGAGAUGGUAAUUCAGAAAUUCUGCAGUCAUUCAAAAUGGCUCAGUAGUGGGCGGAGUCUGAGGCACCCGCUGAUGACAUCAGACAGCAGUGUUUGGCUAAAAGAAAUGUCCUUCCAGGAACAUGUUCUACAUGAAAGUAUCAGUAGCAGAGCAGAACACUGAGAGCGGUUCUACAUCGCCUGCGUCCGACCCUUUCUCCAUCAGCCGACUCCUGCUAAUUUGCAUAUAAUUUGCAUAUCAGACGCCGCAGACUCCUAGUUGCCUUGUGUUUAUUCCAGGUGAAGCUCCGUGUACUGUACGGCUGGUCGAUGCGAUGAGAAGAAUAAAUAUAUGAAUAAACAGAUGUACAGAUAGAUGUAUAUAUCGCUACGCAGGACAGAGUUUUAUUUAUAUCAGCGUUUAUGUUGUGUGAGUGUGAUCAGAAAAGUCACACCGAGGUCACAUGAUCAACCCGUUAGCUAUGAGAACGUAAAGAGACGAUACACCACAGAGAAGUAGUUCUCGACUCGAUUAUCGGAAUAAUACCUCCAUCUCAAACUGCACACUACGAUGAUUUAUACGAUUUAUAGGAAUUCCAGUCUACACUCUACUGUACUAAAUAGUGCGCAGGUUGUCUUUACUAAGGCUUUAUCCCAAAACACACACUACACUACUAACUAGUAUGCUAUGAAGGUUCAUUUUUAGGAGUAUGACUCUAUCCUAAACAGCAUACUAGCAUACUAAAUAGUGUGCGUGUGUGAUUCUGUAGGAUUGAGGCUGCGUCCUGAACCUCAGUAAACCACAGUGUGAUGGGGUUUAUACAGGAUUAAGGCUGCAUCCCAAAUGCAUACUGCUGUAUUAAAUAGUGGGCAAGUGUUAAGGUAUAGAGUCAUGCAGAAGAGGGUGUGUAGGCUGUUAAGUAGUGUGUAGUGCAGUUGUUUGUGGUUUGGGACGCAGCCCGAGUCUCUUCAUGAUAGCGUCUGAUUUUAUGUUUCUCACUCAUCACCACUCAGCCUGCAUCUUUAUUUCUUUACAACAUUUAAUUAUUAAAUAUUAAUUAUUAAUGAUAGUACAAAGUAUAAUGAUAUAAGUACAAAGUUGUUUUCUUUUUACAUGUAUUUGUUCACAUUUUGAUUCUGUAUGUUUUUUUUUAUUUCAGUUAAACACCAAAUGUUGAUCAGAAAAUGUGUAAAAAAAAAUCGAAUAAAACACAUCAUAGAAAUAUACCUGUUGAGCCAAGUUGCAAAAGUUUGUACACCCUUACGACAAAAAUAAAGAAGAAUUAUAAUUUAGAGCAAGAAGAAAUGUAGUGUUUUUGAUUUCACACCUUUUUCCUUCAUUAUCACAGUCAACAGAAAUGCUCAAAUAAUCUAUGUUAAGAUAUUAUUAAUGAAUAAAUAAAACAAAUCUACGUUACAAAAGUUUUUGCCCCCUUUCUGAUUGUGA